ACGCCCCCCCACCGUGGCGUUCAAGCGUCGCCCUCAGAAGUUGCCACGACUGCACACACAACGGCACGAUGUGGAGAACACCGACCCGCUCUGUCCUCGUCCUCGUCUCCUCAUGGUUCUGUCUGUGGUCACUUUGUACCGCAGCGGAUGAUGUGGAAGGAGAAGUGAAGAUCGAGGUUCUGUUUAAGCCCUUAGAGUGCACUCAGACCAGUAAGAAAGGAGAUCUGGUCAACGUGCACUAUGAUGGCUACCUCGCCAAAGAUGGGUCCCAGUUCUACUGCAGUCGUUCAGACAAAGCGGGGCAUCCUCAGUGGGUUGUUUUAGGCAUUGGACAAGUCAUCAAAGGCCUUGAUAUUGGGAUGACUGGUAUGUGUCCCGGAGAGAAACGGAAAAUAACAAUUCCACCCAUGCUGGCAUUUGGAGAAAAGGGAAAAGACCCAGUGCCGCCCAGUGCUACGGUGCUGUUUGAGGUGGAGCUCUUCACAGUGUCCAGAGGACCGCGCAGCAUGGAAGCUUUCAAAGAGAUGGACCUUGACGCAGACAAAAUUCUCACAAAGGCCGAGAUAAAAGAACAUUUGAAAAUGUCAUAUGAAAAAGGAGGGAAGCCACGCGACGACCCCCACUACGAGAAGAUCAUCGCCGACAUUUUCUACAAGAGCGACAAGGACAACGACGGACUGAUCAGUGCGAAGGAGUUUAAUAUUUAUGGACACGACGAGCUCUAGUGUCAAUAUCUGAUGAGUAGUCGUUAUUAACCUCUGGUCAGUUUGAUAUGCAAUUAAACAUGAAUGUCUCAAAUGUU